CCUUCAGUCCCACAUCACAUCCCAGUUUGCUGAACUGCGCCAGAUUAUCACUGAGAAAGAGCAGAACUUACUCAGGGAUCUCAGGGAAGAGGAGAAGAGGAUUCUCAACCCAAUGGAGAAAAAUCUUCUGGCUCUUCAAGAGAAUAUAAGGAUUAUUCAGGAGGAAAUCACAAAGUUAAAGGAACAGAUGGAUCAAAAAGACAGUGUGAUAUUUCUCAAGGAGGAAGCUCGUCGGAACAGGAGGAUUAAUGACGAUAUCCAGGAAUUGUCAGUGACAGAUGAGACCCUACCGGUUGAAAAAUUCGAUCACCCCCAUUUGUUGAAAACAGUGCUGAGGGAAACGCUUGAUGCUAUUAAUCGAGUCUCAGUCACACUGGAUGUGCAAACGGUGCAUCCGGGUCUCGAAGUGUCGGAGGAUCGGAAGAGUCUGAGAUGGACCCGGAACAGGAGGAAUCUCCCUCACACCGGGAAGAGAUUCACAUUCUGGAAAUGUGUGCUGGGAUCGGAGGGAUUCACAUCGGGGAGACAUCACUGGGAGGUGGAGGUGACGGGGAUUCGGGACUGGUGUCUGGGAGUCGCUGCAGAGUCUGUGGAAAGGAAGAGACCGGUCAGUCUGAGUCCGGAGACCGGAUUCUGGGUCAUCGGGCGGUAUUGUGAUGUGUUACAUCGGGAUUAUGACGUGUCCUGUGGUCUCCCCUCCCCCAAGUCCCAUCUCGCUGCCGGUCCCAUCCCCGGGAGGGUGGCAGUUUAUCUCAUUUACGAGUCCGGGACAGUUUCAUUUUACAACGCGGAGACCAAGUCCCAUCUCCACACCUUCACUGGGAAUAAAUUCACGGGGAAACUUUAUCCUUUCUUUGCGACCUGGGAUGAAAACCAAUGGCUGAGAAUCUGCUCCGGUUCCGCUCCGGACCUGUAAACGGGUCGGGUCCCGGGACCGGCGUCAGGAGUAAAGUCCCUGUAAAUAUAAAUGUGCGGAGAGUGCAGCUAAAUACGUGGCUAAGGGGAUGGUGCAGGAGGGAGGGCUUCAUGUUUCUGUGCAAUUGGGCUUUGUUCCCGGGAAGGUGGGGCCUGUUCCGACGGGACGGUUUGCCCCUAAACUGGAGGGGGAAUAACAUACUUGCCGGUAGAUUUGC